AUGAAGUACUUGCUACUUCUAGUACUGGGUGUUUUCCUGGUUUCAGGAAUUCACCACGUACGUGCGGAAGCCGAUGACGAUGACGACACACUGCCACGGGUGGACAAUAAUCUCGGUGCCUCGAAGGAAGGCUCACGAACCGAUGCGGAGGCGGUCAAGCGUGAAGAGGAGGCUAUCAAACUGGACGGGCUCAACGUGGCCCAGAUGAAGGAACUGCGGGAAAAGUCGGAAAAGUUUACCUUCCAGGCGGAGGUGAACCGGAUGAUGAAGCUGAUCAUUAACUCGCUGUACCGCAAUAAGGAAAUUUUCCUGCGCGAGUUGAUCUCGAACGCAUCGGAUGCACUGGACAAGAUCCGUCUGCUCUCGCUAACCGAUCCGUCCGUGCUGGACACUAAUCGCAAUCUGGAGGUAAAAAUCAAGGCGGACAAGGAAGGCAAGGUGCUGCACAUCAUCGAUACCGGUAUCGGUAUGACGAAGCAGGAUCUGGUGAACAAUUUGGGUACGAUCGCGAAGUCUGGUACUGCCGAUUUCCUAUCAAAGAUGCAGGAGAAGGACAAGGCCGACGGGCAGGAUGUAAACGAUAUGAUCGGUCAGUUCGGUGUGGGUUUCUACUCGGCGUUCCUCGUGGCCGACCGGGUCGUCGUGACGACGAAGCACAACGACGACAAACAGUACAUCUGGGAGUCGGAUGCGGCCAGCUUCAGCAUUGUGGAAGAUCCGCGCGGUAACACCCUGGAGCGUGGUUCCCAGGUCUCGUUGCAUCUGAAGGAGGAAGCUCUCGACUUCCUGGAGGACGAUACGGUCAAGCAGCUGAUCAAGAAGUACUCGCAGUUCAUCAACUUCCCGAUCUACAUGUGGACGAGCAAGGAGGUGGAGGAGGAGGUAGCCGUCGAGGAGGAAGCCAGCGAAAAGCCAGCUGACACGAAGGAAGACAGCACGGACGAGGAGGAGGACGUGAAGGUCGAGGAGGAAGAGACGACCGACAGUGACAAACCGAAGACGAAGAAGGUGAAGAAAACGGUCUGGAACUGGGAGAUCAUGAACGACAGCAAACCCAUCUGGACGCGCAAGGUGAGCGAAGUGACGGAUGACGAGUACACCGAGUUCUACAAGAGCCUCACUAAGGACACGUCGGAACCGCUCACACAAACGCACUUCAUCGCGGAAGGAGAGGUCACGUUCAAGUCGCUACUGUUCGUCCCGAAGGUGCAACCGUCGGAAAGCUUCAACAAGUACGGCACGAAGGCGGACAACAUCAAGCUGUACGUGCGUCGGGUGUUCAUUACGGACGAGUUUAACGACAUGAUGCCGAACUAUCUGAACUUUAUCCGUGGUGUAGUCGAUUCGGACGAUCUACCACUGAAUGUGUCGCGUGAAACGCUCCAGCAGCACAAACUGAUCAAGGUGAUCAAGAAGAAGCUCGUCCGCAAGGCGCUCGACAUGAUCAAGAAGAUCGACAAGGAGCAGUACGACAAGUUCUGGAAGGAGUACUCCACCAACAUUAAGCUGGGCAUCAUGGAGGAUCCGAGCAAUCGGUCCCGGUUGGCCAAGCUGCUCCGGUUCCAGUCGUCCUCGACGAAGAACAAGGAGUUCACUAGCCUGUCGGACUAUGUGGGCCGCAUGAAGCCCAAACAGGACAACAUCUACUUCAUUGCCGGUCCGAGCCGUGCCGAGAUUGAAAAGUCCCCGUUCGUUGAGCGUUUGCUAUCGCGCGGAUACGAAGUGCUCUUCCUGGUGGAGGCCGUCGAUGAGUACAGUAUUUCGGCGCUUCCCGAGUUUGACGGCAAGCGGUUCCAGAACGUCGCCAAGGAGGGUUUCACGCUGAACGAAUCGGAAGAAUCGAAGGCACGGUUCGAAGAGUUGAAGACAGAGUACGAGCCAUUGCUGAAGUGGUUGAACGAUGUCGCGCUGAAGGACAAGAUUGCCAAAGCCCAGCUGUCCGAACGACUCGCCAACUCACCAUGCGCACUGGUCGCAUCGAUGUUUGGCUGGACCGGCAACAUGGAACGAUUAGCACUGGCCAAUGCGCACCAGAAAACGGACGACGCUCAGCGGCACUACUACCUGAAUCAGAAGAAAACGCUCGAAAUCAAUCCGCGUCAUCCGCUGAUGCGUGAACUGUUGCGCCGCGUCGAAGUGGACACGGACGAUCUCGUCGCGAAGGAUAUGGCAGUGCUGAUGUUCAACACGGCCACACUACGAUCGGGCUUCCAGCUGCCGGAAACGGCCGACUUUGCCGACAGCAUCGAGCGCAUGAUGCGCCAAACGUUGGGUGUAUCGCUGGACGAACAACCCGAGCAGGAAGUGUUCGUGGACGAACCGGCCGGGGACGAUGCGGCCGGUGCGGAUGAAGAAGAAGAGUCCAUCGAUGCCGAUGGCGAACAUGACGAGCUGUAA